AUGACUCAAGUCAUACAAUCAAGGUCAAAGUAUACGGGCUUGGGAUGGAUUUCGGUUCUCGUCAUGGCGAAUAUGGGCGGUCAGCCCAAGAAAGCCACCGGCUUCUAUUCAAGGGUGUCGAUCGUGCCGACUUACAUUUUUUUGAAGUACAAUUUCCCUCGUAUCUUCGCCCGUCGUGGAGCCGAAGCGCGCGAGAAAGUUGUUGAUGCAUUUGUCGAGUAUGAUGAGAAUGGCGGGUUCGAGACCGCAGGCCGCCUGGCACGAGACCGCGCAAAAGUUCUCGAGAAGACUAGGCUGGACCGGCGCGAACUGGCUCGCAUGGCGAUGUCCCAAAGUGUUGGACAGUCCGAUAACUCGGCCACUGUUACCUUUGCCAUCCUAUCCUUCAUCCUUCACGACCCUGAACUCCUGGCACGCAUUCGAAGCGAACUUGAUGAACAUGUAACGAAGCACGACGACCAAGGCCGAAGGUCUGUUGACACUCUACGAAUAGGCAGAGAUUGCCCCCUUCUACUGUCCACGUUCCACGAAGUACUGCGAUGGACUGCCGUGGGCGUGACAAUCCGUCGGAUCGAGCAGGACUAUCCCCUGACAACUGAGGAGGACAACACCGAGUACUUCCUCCGCAAGGGCAACUUCAUCUGGGGUUCAGGCGUCGCCAUCCGCACCUCCUCCAGCUCCUACAAGGAUGCCGACAAAUUCAUCCCGAAUCGGUUCCUGGGCGUGCGUUAUCCCGAGACUCAGAUGCCCGACAUCUUCCGAGCGUUCGGAGGCGGCGGCAACAUCUGCCUGGGACGCCAUUUUGCUCGCACGAUAGUGCCCGGAGCCGUCGGAACCCUCUUGAUGGCGUUCGAUUUCGAGCCCUUUGAUGGUAAGCCGCUGUGUGUGCCGAAUCGCAAAGAUCUCAUGCUGGGUCAUGCCACUCCAAAUCCGUUCGGAAACACCAUUGCCACAGUCAAAGCCAGAGGUGCAUAG